GCCGCCGGCAAACCAAGCUGGCUGCUAGGCGGUCUCAUUCAAGGUGUGUAACGAGAUUUACAGCAUUCUUUCAGUGCACGAGGGUAAACGGAACUUACCGCGCAAGUGGUGGCUGCGUGUUUUGUGUUGUGGAGGUACUUUGUUGUGUGCUUGAUAUUAAUAAACCUGCAUUUAUAAAAUAAAUUAUUGCGCAAAAUAUUACGUUCCAUGAGUAUGAUGUGCCAAAUAUGUGCGUGAAGACUGAAGUUAUGAAAUUAACACAUAUCAGACACAUUUUCAUUCAUAUAAACGACGAGUAAUGUUCUCAAAUAUUCAGUCCGAGCCAAAGUGAAAACAAGUUCCUUGUUUAAUAUUAUUAUUUAUGCACGUUGUUCUUCUAUCGACUGCCCUACGUUAAUUUGUGCGUUAGAUAUAGUUCGUCGUCCUUUUUAAACUGGAUGCUAGUGCAGGGCGGCGAAAAGAAGUAAGACAGUUCUUUGGCUGUGCUAUUUCUGUGAGGACUUCCAAUGACAAGACGAGGAGGGACAUAAGCCGGCCGGCAAUGUUGCAACAGCGUUGCCUACACCGCAGUGGACCGAAUGUUAUGAAAACAAUCCAAAGCCGUUCUCCCAUUAGUUGUGUGAACUUGAUACAGGUAUUUCAGGUCGUGUUUCUCGAACCUAGAUUUAUGUAACCAACUAGUUUUUGUUUUAGUGUCAUCAGAAUCGUGGACGUAGUUGCUGAGUGAAUACACAACCAUGUGCGUCUUCCCAUAAUAAUUGUCAUACGAUCUGGAAUUGGAAGUGAAUCGCGCGGCGCUGGCUGAAGUGAACCCGUGUUAUUCCAAUUUCAUUGUAGUGUUUGCGCGCGCUUUUGUGCCAUCUUGGUUAACAUGCCUUCCAAGAAGCAGUACAACUUGGUUCAGAACGAUGAUUACGAUACACGGAUACCGUUGCACUCCGAGGAAGCUUUCCAACACGGCAUCACUUUCCAGGCAAAGUACAUCGGAACCCUGGACGUGCCGCGUCCGACAAGCCGCGUCGAGAUUGUUGCAGCCAUGCGGAGAAUACGGUACGAGUUUAAAGCGAAGGGAAUUAAAAAGAAGAAAGUAGUUCUGGAAGUGUCUGUAGAUGGCGUCAGGAUCACACUGCGGAAAAAGAAAAAGAAAAAACAAUGGAUGGAUGAAAACAGCUUGCUUCUCAUGCAACAUCCUAUAUACAGGAUAUUCUACGUGUCGCACGACUCCCAAGACCUGAAGAUCUUCAGCUACAUCGCACGGGAUGGCGCCAGCAAUGUCUUCAAGUGUAACGUUUUCAAAUCCAAUAAGAAGAGCCAGGCCAUGCGUAUUGUGCGCACUGUGGGGCAGGCGUUCGAGGUGUGCCACAAGUUGUCUAUCAACGCCCCGACGCCAGAGGAAGAGGAUCGAGAAGGAGAAGGUGCCGGCAGCGAGCGAGACAGUGAACCGAUCAGCGAGAAGCCGAGGAAAGACACGAUUUCGGACCCGAUGAGCUGCGACACGCUGGCAGCAGAAGACACGGCGUCUCUCCACGACGCGCCGUCCGACAAGCAGCAGUCGCAGAAGCAACCACCGCCCACAGCAGACGGACCUCAGCGUCCGCUCAGACUGGACAUCCUUCCUCCCCCUCCCAACACAAACUCCAGCAGGAGGUCGCCUAUGAGUGGCUGCGAAACGUACAGUUCGCCACUGAGUGAUCCGCUCAGGACGAGCGGAGAGCCGCUACCUGGCGCCGGGACCCCGCUCAGCACGCACCACGAGCUUCAGCUGUUGCGCGAGCAGCUGGAGCAGCAAGCUCAACAGACGCAGGCCGCCGUGGCGCAGGUACAUCUGCUUCGCGAUCAGCUGGCUGCAGAAACAGCGGCUCGGCUUGAGGCCCAGGCGCGGACACAUCAGUUGCUGGUGCAUAACAAGGAACUUCUUGACCACAUCGCAGCUUUAGUAGCGCAUCUGCAAGAACAGGAGAGACUUCAGCAACGCCACCAACAGGUCAGCAACAACCAGGGUCAGGUCCAACAGCAACAGGAGCACGUGACCAUGGUACCACAGUUGGCAAUACUGUGUGACCCUCAAACCCCAGCAGUGGCUCCUGUCUUCCUGCCCGACUUCCAAGAAAGAGACCCUCUCCGUCAACAGCUGCAGGUGCCUCAACAGCCUCAAGCCUCAUCACUGAUUGAGAACCACAGUACCACAACAACGUAUGUGCCAGGAUCUCCCCAGCAGCGGCACUCUUUGCUGCAGCACCAGAACUCGUCUCCUGGCAUCUUUGCGUUGGGCUUCCCGACCACAGCCUGCACCCCAGACCAGCAGUUUCAGCAUCAGCUGCUACAGAGACUGCAGUGCCUCAGUGGUACCUACCAAAACCCAGUGAGACCUCCCCAGCAGCAACAGCAGUUCUCCCUAGUGUCUCCUACUAGUGUGUAUCAGCAACCCGGGUUGGCAGGACUGUAUGCUCCGCAGCAACAAACUCAGAUUUCCCCCACCCAACUUGGUUACCAUGUCUCCCAAGCCCCAUCCUAUUCCAGCUCGCCAGUGCUCUCUCAACGUUCUCGGCAGAUGACACUUCAACUAAACCCUCAAGCAGCCGGCGAGGAAGAGUCUACACAGUUCAUCCGACCAUUAUCCCACAGCGGUUCUGAUAGUGGAGGAAGAUCUGAGGAGAUGCCACAUCUAGACCCACCUCCUGGCUCUGUGAAGCGCCAGCAGCAGAAUAAGGACAGUGGAUCUGCCCAGACCAGCAAAAAGGAACAGAACCAGUUAUCUGCAGCUUUAUCGUCGAUGGUAUCUCUUAGGGUGUCUGGGGUUGAUGACAGUGGAAGUAAACGUGGUGGAUUGGCCAAUGGACCUCCCUUCAUAACCCGGUCUACUAGUGAAAAGGUGCCGAACCGUAGUGAACUCAUGUCGCAGGUUCAGCGGACGGCUUGGGCUAGACACACGACUAAGUAACGCUACAGCUCAGUGUUGGUAAUAGUGAGGUUAUUAUUUGGGUAUAUUACUUUGCAUUCAGAUAGGAAGAAGGAAUCAAGAAGCCCAAGAAAUUAAUUUGGAUUUGUUUGCUGCGACCAACAGUGCAUGAUUAACGGCUUGUCCGCCCCUCAGUCUGAAAACGCAGACAUGGGGCAACUGGUUGAUCCCAUUUUAUUUUGAUCUUCCUGCAAUUGUUGUUACAAUACAAAUUUGGUGAAUCAUGAUUUAAAUUAUAUUAUUACUGAUCGUUUAUCGAGGACCAUGUUUUAUGAGCUCUAAAAAUAUGGUGUUAAUGUAGUCUCUUAUGCCGUGA